GACCCUCCCUCUCCAUUAAUUUUACACCACUUCCGGGUUGUGGAGCCGCGUUGGUGACGUGUUUCCGGCUACUGACCCCUUCUUGUCCUUCUAUCUGCAGAGAUGGUGCUGGAGCUGGAGAAAGUGUUUGCUGGCGAGCCCGAGGAGGAGGAAGAAGAAGAGGAGGAGGAAGUGGAAUUAGUGGAUCCCUUAACAGCGGUCAGGGAGCAAUGUGAGCAAUCCGAGAAAUGUGUGAAAUCUCGAGAAAGAUUAGAGCUGUGUGAGACUCGGGUCAACUCCCGCUCGCGCACGGAAGAGGAGUGCACUGAAGAACUCUUUGACUUCCUACAUGCCAGGGACCACUGUGUGGCCCACAAAUUAUUCAAGCACGUGAAGUAGGAGAUUUUUCUUUCUAAGGAAAUCAUUGUCUCACCGACAUCCAUCUGUAUAAAGUCUGAUGUUAGGCUUUUGUGACUCCUCAUGCUAAUGGAUUAUAACUCCUUGAGCCUGUUGCCAAUACCAUUAUCUUACAGACAGUGGAAAGUAUCUCCUGGCAUGGAUAUCUAAAAUACAGUAUGGAAAUCUGCUGUGAUUGCUCGUGUUAAUAAAUAUAUUCUAUGUGGAAUUAAA